AGCCCUUUUGACUUGUGAUGUGAUUCACUAGACUCCGAAAUAAAAAGAAACAGUCCAUUGUAAGUGAAAUUCGAUUCAUAGCAGGUGCCUUCUUUCUUUUUGAUGUUUCAGGGGCAUCAUGCCUCCCAAAAAGGCCUCGAUCCGCGCGGAAUUGCCCAAAGAUCCCGAAGACCAGGUCACCUUUAAAAAGAUCACGCUCUAUACCUUUGUGGCCAUGAUCAUGGUCUUGUAUGUGGUGUUCCUCCAAUCUCCAACCCAAUUCGAACAAUACUCACAAGAGUACACGUUCCUACAACCGGUCAAUACGUUCUUUAAAGCGGUCGAAAAGUUCUCUCCCUUUCACGAGUUCCUCGCUGAUGAUAUGGUCAUGGAUGGAACAGCAAAGGCCCCUGAAUACCCGGGAUCAGGAUCCAUCCCUCAUGAAAGUGGUCAGCGGUUAUUCACGCGAGAUGAGCUCAAACGUUACGAUGGAAGUGAGGGCAGUCCGGGUUUAUAUCUAGCCAUGGUGGGUCAAGUCUUUGAUGUCUCUAAAGGCAAGGAUUACUACGGACCUGGUGGGGGAUAUAGCUUCUUCACCGCCACCGACGGGUCUCGAGCUUUUGUUACGGGUCAAUUUGAUGCCGAUGGCCUCGUGGAUGACGUGUCCGGUCUCUCUGGCCAGGAUUAUCUCGGACUUCAAGAAUGGACCGAGUUCUAUCAUAAGGACUACACGUUUGUGGGCAAGUUGAUAGGGCGUUUCUACUCUGACAAUGGGGAGGAAACCGUUGAACUGAAGGAUUUCCAGGACAACGUGGCCAAGGCCAGAGCGGCCAAGGCCCAGCAUGACAUUGAAAAAUUGACAUACCCACCUUGCAAUACGGAAUGGAGCCAGAAGAAAGGUCACCGAGUUUGGUGUACCGCCAAAACAGGUGGGACUGAUCGAGGAUGGGUGGGUAAGCCCAGGAAACUGUAUCUACCUGGUAAGAGCGAGCGAUGCGCGUGUAUGAAGGACUUUGGACCGCCCUCCACCGAUCCCAGUGCCCUCACGGACUUUGGCGACUUAAAGAGCCCGCAUGUCAAGCAAUAUGAAGGCUGUGAUCCGCUCGCUGUUUCGUGUCAAUUAGCUCCACCCUCGAAGGACAAGGAUGAACUUUGAGGCUGAUUCAUAUGUUUGUUCUUACCGGUCCGUCCCUCUCCCGGUGUUGACCAUCAGGAUUUCGAUUUCCCUCCUUUUCAUAACAUUUCACAAAAAUAUUCUAAGUGAUGAUACUUCUGCACAUUCCACAACAAUCAUCAGAUACUCGCAAUAAAGGAGAUUUAAGCCUACAA